AGCGAAAUGAAACAGAAUUGAAGAGCUUUGGGCUUUCAGUAGUUCUUAUUAUGGAACGUUAUAUUUUAUAUAGAAUGAAAUAAAGAAGAAUAGAACAGACUUGAAUCUAUUCAAGGGUUGAUUUAUGGUAAAGGAAUGGUCUCUGAUUUCUCAACUUGGAUGAGCCCGGAUGCAUAGCUUUUCGCUUCAAGUAAAAACUCUUUCAUACACACUGAUUUACUUGGUUUUUUCUUAUUCUUUUAUACGGAUGAAGCAGGUAUCGUAACAUUACUUGACGCUGGGACUUUUAAGCGUCCACCCUCCACCGAAUACUUGCCCAGAGGUAGACCGUGCGCAAAAAUGGGCGAUGCAGUUAUGUCUUCUUCAGGGACAAAGAAUGUAGCAGUACGAUAUGAGUUACCUUGGGUAGAAAAAUAUAGACCAGUAGUGCUUGAUGAUGUCGUUGGAAAUGAAGAAACAGUCGAUCGUUUAAAAGUGAUAGCUAAGGAUGGCAAUAUGCCUCAUCUUAUUAUUUCGGGAAUGCCAGGCAUUGGUAAAACUACUUCAAUUAUCUGCUUGGCCAACAUGCUCCUGGGUUCAGCCUGUCGAGAGGGGAUACUAGAGUUGAAUGCAUCUGAUGAGCGAGGUAUUGACGUUGUAAGAAACAAAAUCAAAGGUUUUGCCCAGAAGAAGGUGAACCUUCCUCCAGGUCGUCAUAAAAUUAUUAUCCUGGAUGAAGCAGACAGUAUGACAGCAGGUGCACAGCAAGCCUUACGAAGAACAAUGGAGAUUUACAGUAACACAACAAGAUUUGCUUUAGCCUGCAAUCAGUCCAACAAAAUUAUCGAGCCUAUUCAAUCUCGUUGUGCUAUUUUGAGAUACUCGAGAUUGACAGAACAACAAGUCCUGCAGCGUUUGCUUGAAAUAUGUAAACUAGAAAACGUAAAGUAUACGGAUGACGGUAUGGCCGCUCUCAUUAUGACUUCUGAAGGAGAUAUGCGUCAAGCGAUCAACAAUUUACAAAGUACAGUAUCGGGAUUUGACUUAGUUAACGGGGAAAAUGUUUUUCGGGUAGCGGACCAACCGUCCCCAGUAGCGAUAUAUGCGAUCCUUCAAGCAUGUCAUUCUGGAGAUGUCGAUACAGCUUUGGCAAAGCUUCGAGACAUAUGGGGUCUUGGCUAUAGCGCGGUGGACAUCGUAACGAACAUGUUUCGUGUUGUGAAAACAAUGAAUGAGAUACCGGAAUUCAGCCGUUUGGAAAUGCUCAAGGAAAUUGGAACUACGCAUAUGAUUGUUUUAGAAGGAGUGCAGACACUGCUUCAGCUGAGUGCACUUGUCUGUCGUCUAGCAAAAUCACAAAUGAAUCAACAGUUAUUUGUGGUAUAAUUUUUUUUUAUUUUAACAAAAGAACCCCAAAAUACUGAGGUAUAGUACCCAUUUGAUACCGAAGUUUACGAAUAUAGCAAAUUCCAGGUAAUGGCAAAAAGAAAGAGCCCGGUAAUUAGUAAAAUAUAAUAGAUAGUCGUCUGCGAUUUCGUUCCAAUUUUUCCGUAAAAUACUGGCAAUCCCAUAAAGUUGC